CCACCAAACCUCCAGCACCUCUCACCGGCUACAUGUGGGGGCAGAGACCUGCUGAGGAAAACCGGACUGAGGAAACACACCAAACUGAGCAGUAACGUUAUUUUUUCCUGCGUGGAAUAACUGCAGUGAUUUUCCCGCGGAAGCGUCCGGUGGGUAAACUAGUGAAAGUUGGAUGCCUGAGGACAAGUCCGGACUGAACCACGGUGGAAUUUGUGAGCUCGUAAACCCGAGAAAUAACGAAAAAUCUGUGUCGGCUGGUCGGUCUGCGUGUAUGACCUCCGACUGAAGACAAAUUGGAUACUUUGAAUGAAACCAGCGAAAAGUUGUUGGCUUCACCGGAACGAGGAGCAAAGCAGCGUUUGGAGCAAGUGAGUGAAGAGUUGCACACGGGGCAAGGUUUGGACACAUCCUCAUGGGAGCCAUGGAAAAAUUGGAAAUGGUAGGAAAAGAACUCUGAACUUCCACAGUCACAUCUCCAUUUUGGUGCCACCCUCUCCUGCCAUCGUUGCUCAACCCCAGGAACCCGACUCCUUGUGAAUCGCUGUGGCCAGGCACUGACACCCUGACAGCGGUGGACACAGAGGAUCAGGUUGUGUCCAGAAGGAUGUGUCUUUAAACCCGAGCUGCUGGGAGGUCAAGAGGUGACAUGCCUCUGUAAAACAUCACUGGAAACAAAUGCUCUGCUGCCAUGCCUCCAGGGACGGUCCAUCGUCUUUCAGUGUUAGCAGUCCAGACGCUGCUGUCUGUCCUGCUGCUGGCCGUUGGCUGGCCCUUCACCUCCUUACCUCGUGGCGUCCAAGGAUCAGACUCCUCCCCCUACAGUCCCUAUCCCACCUUCAUCCGGAACGACACUCUGUUUGAGCACCUGGCCCUGCAUCCAGACCCCAGUGUGAGCCGGGUCUACGUGGGAGCCAGAGAUCACCUGUUUCAGUUGGAUCGAUUCCUCCAACCUGAGCUUCAGGAUGACACGGGCCCUGUCACAGACAGUCGGGAGUGUUUGCCUCCUGUGACUGAGACCAACUGCCCUCAGGCUCGUCUCACCAGCAACCAUAACAAGCUCCUGCUGGUUGACCCUUACUCCAUGGAACUCAUCACCUGCGGGAGCGUCAACCAAGGAAUCUGCCAGAAGCGCAGUCUAGAUUCUGUGGAUGUGGUUCUUUUCUCCACAGAGAGGCCGGUUGAUACUCAGUACGUAGCAGCUAACCACCCCAACGUCAGCACGGUGGGACUGGUGGUUCGCUCUCACCCUGACAGGCAGCCAGUGCUGUUUGUGGGGCGUGGUUACACUAGCAGCCACCCACCCAUCUCCACGCGAAAUCUGGCCCAGGAACCCGUCUUUUCUUACGAGGAGACCGCCAAGUUGGCCGUGGCUGGCCGUCUCUCAGAAUACGACCAUCAUUUUGUAGCAUCGUUCGCCCACAGGCAACAUGUGUACUUCCUCUUCUACAGAAGGGACCUCAAGUCACAGUCACGCGAGUACCGCACCUACGUCUCUCGAGUGUGUUUGGAUGACCAGGCCUAUUACUCGUACGUGGAAGUGCCCCUGACAUGCAGCUCAAGGGCGGGGAAAAUUUACAACCUCCUGCAGGCCGUCCAGCUCGGGCUCACCAAGGAUGGUAAAGAGAGUCAGGGCUCCGAAGUUCUCCUCGGCGUCUUCUCCACUCGUUUGGCUUCAUCAACUCGACCCAGUGAGGACUCGGCCCUCUGCAUGUUUAGCCUCAAAGAUGUGGACCGCAGGAUUAACUCCACCAGAGACCUGUGCUACACACAGAUGGGCAAAAAGUCAGGACUGGAGGCAGCCUACAUUGAGUAUGAGGUCAAAUCCAACUGUGCCAACUUGCCAGAGAACACUCUGGACGCGUACCCCUGUGGCUCUGACCACACCCCCAGCCCGAUGGCCAGCAGGAUGGCCGUGGAAGCAGAGACCAUAUUGGACAGCCCGUCCGCCCGUCUCACUGCUGUGGCCGUCAGCGUGAGGGCGGGACAUACCAUUGCCUUCCUGGGAGACUCCAAGGGAAACCUGCACAAGGUGUUUCUGGGGCCAAAUGGAGAAGUGGAGGAGUACUCCGUCAUCUCCGUUCAGCAGAGCGCAGCCAUCAGCUCGGACCUCAUCCUGGACCAGGAGGAGGAGCAUCUCUUCAUCAUGACUCAUAACAUGCUGCAGAAGAGACCAGUGGCCGAAUGCCAGCAGCACCCAGACUGCCACUCCUGCCUGCUGGCCCACGACCCCUACUGUGGCUGGUGUGUCCUGGAGGGAAGGUGUGUGUUGCAGUCUCAGUGUUCUCGUGGGAACCAGCCGGGUCAGUGGCUGUGGAGCUUUGACAUGGAGCAACAGUGUCUCACAGUCCAGGACCUCAACCCCUCCAACGUCAGCAGGGAGGAGAGCAGGAUGGUGUCCCUGUCAGUCCCGGGACUUCCAUUGUUGGAGAAAGACGAGUCCUAUUCCUGCUACUUCCAGGACAGCCACAGCCCUGCCACUGUCACCAACUCCGGCGUCACCUGCCACUCUCCUGACACCAGCCAAGUACCCAUGGUGCCACCAGGACAGGACUUUGUCACAGUCACCCUGUCGCUUCGCUUCGGCGACAUCACGGUCACGGCGAGGGAUUUCACCUUCUACGACUGCACGGCUGUGAAGCAGCUGUCUGGCAGCAUGCCCUGCCGUGGUUGUGUUCUGAGCCGAUGGGGCUGUAACUGGUGCGUUCACCAGCACCUAUGUACCCACAAGCCCACCUGUGAGGAGGGGGUGAUCAUCUACAACCAACAUUUUAAACUCCCCACCUCAGCUCCUCCUACAACCAAACCUAUCAAAGUCAUCACAACAGCCACUGCCACAAAGGCUGCCAUUACAACCAGCACUGUGGCAGCCACCACAACAACUCCCACAACAACUAUCGCUACGACAACAGCAGCAGCACCUGUCACCGUAGCAACCACUCAGGAACAAACCACCCCUCCUGCACCCCCAACUCCCCCCGCCACCACCACCAGCCUGGAGCCAACCACCCCACCUACCACCGUGCCCCCUCGCCUGGCCAGCACCCUGCCAUCCACCACAGCAGCACCCACCCCACCUCUGCUCCCAGAGGUCACCACCAGGGGGGAAGAGGAGACCGCAGCAGGAGAGCUGUUUGUUGUCACCCAGAGUGACGCUGAAGGUGCUGCUGUUACACCCACUGUUGUCAUGGUAGCCACAGAGUUGGUGCCUGUCACUGAUGGUCUGAGUGGAGAUGUGGAGCCUGUGGUGCCUUUGGUCAUGCCACCCCAUGAACCUGACACCUCCACCCUGGAGGUGGUGACUGAGGCGCCCCCCAGCAUAACCCAGGCAGCUGAGGGAGCUCUGAGCCUGGCAGAGCCUCCAACCUCGGCCUCAUCCGGCUUCCCCCUGCCCACGCCCUUCUCUGUGGGAGAUCCUGAUGACUCAGAACCUGCACUGGACCUGGACCUGACCCAGACUCCCUCCCUGAUGCCCACACAAGACUCCCAGACUGACGCAGAGAGUCCAGGCACUGGCCCUGAGGUGCUCCUCUGGCCAAAAGAAGACGUCCACUCUGAGAGUGCCGUCCAGUCCGAAAAUGACACAGCCACAUUUUCUGCUGCCACUGUGCUGUCAGGGGACGGUGAGGUUGACCAUGCCCUCCCAUCCUACCCCCAUCUGGUUGAUACAGACUCAGAGCUGGACUACCAGUAUGAUCCAGCUGAUGCCUUCCUCCCGGGGGACGAGGGCUCCUAUGUCAGCUGGGGCUCCUCAGCUUGUCCCUGUGUGGAGCAGGUCCAGGGUUCAUCACUGCUUCCGGUCAGAGUGGAGAGGAAGAUCACCUUACUGGCUCGCAACCUGCACCUCUACCAGGAUACAGAGCUGGACUAUGAGUGUGUGCUGGUCAUAGAGGGACAGACAGUGGUGGUGGACGCCUACGUGGAGACUGAUGACAUGAAUCCAUCAAACUUUGACAUCACCUGCCAACUCCACCAGUAUACAUAUUCUGCUCUGGUGGAGGAAUACAAUGCCAUGGUGUAUGUGAAGAGGAGGGACACCUUCCAUGUGGACAGCUCUCCUGAUCUCUAUGUGACUCUGUAUAACUGCUCUGUGGGCCGCUCAGACUGCAGCCGCUGCCACACAGCUGAUCAGAAGUACGGUUGUGUGUGGUGCGGCGGCGCUCAGGCCAGCUGCUUGUAUUCAGACUCCUGUAGUGAACCCGUACAGCAGACAUGCCCCGCCCCAGUCAUCCACUCUAUUGAGCCACUCUCUGGCCUGUUGGAAGGCGGCACCUUGGUGACCAUCUCAGGCUCCAACCUGGGCCAGAAGGCUGAGGACAUCCUUCACUCUGUGUCAGUCGCUGGGAUUCCCUGCACCGUCAUCCCCAGCCUCUACGAGGUCUCCUCCAGAAUUGUGUGCAGAACCAAAGCCAGUGGAGGAGAGAAGGAAGGCCACAUGUCUGUGAAAGUGAGCGGAGGAGAGUUUGGUGUGUCCAGCCAGACAUUCAGCUACCAGGACCCGUUUGUAAUGGGGGUGUCUCCUGAAAGGGGCCCUAAAGCCGGAGGAACAUCCCUGACCAUCACUGGCCGACACCUGCUGACAGGACGUCCCUCUGACCUCACCAUCACUGUGGGAGGGGUGCCGUGUAACAUUGUGUCAGAGGUGCAGAGCUCCAGUGUUCAGUGUGUGACAGGCCGCAGUAAUAAGACAGGAGAUCACCGGGUCACGCUGCAUUACGGCAGCAGCCAGCGCCACCUCCACACUUCAGGCUACCGCUACACCCACAACCCUAACAUCACCCACGCCACACCAGCGAAGAGCUUCCUGGAUGGCGGUCGGCUCAUCUAUGUGUCAGGACACAACCUGGACGUGGUGCAGGAGCCCCGCAUGGUGGUGACCGUCUCUCCCCUGGAGUCAGUCAGUCAGAAUAAAAAGAAGAGGAGGAGGAGGAGGAAGAAGAGGAGUGGAGAGGACAGGGAGAAGACUUUGGAGAGGCCAGUGAGGAUGGUGCCUGAACCUGUGUGUCCUGGAGGCCCACUCUGCGCUGUCAAACAGUUCACAGCACGCUGUGAGGUGAAUUCCUCCUCCCUGAUACUGUGCCGCUCUCCCAUGGUAGACUCCUCUGUCUGGAGGUCAAAGGUCACCGCAGAGUUUCUGCUUGACAACCUGCGCUUUGACUUCAGCAGUCUGAACCUCCAGAGCUUCAGCUAUGAGCCCAACCCGGUCCUGCGGCCCCUGAACCAGCAGGACCCCCUGAAGGCCUACCGCUACAACCCCGGCAGCUUCAUCCAGCUGGAGGGGGAAAACCUGGACCUGGCCAUCACUAAGGACGAGGUGGUGGUUUUGGUUGGGGAGGGUGUAUGUGCUGUAAAGACCCUGACCAGGAAUCAUCUGUACUGCGAGCCGCCACCUCAGCAGCCUGCACCAGCAGCUAAUGGCAAGAAACGUGAAGGCUCUGACAACCUGCCUGAAUUCACAGUCCAAAUGGGCAACCUGAACUUCUCCCUGGGUAAAGUUCAGUAUGACAACCUCAGCCUGUCCACCUUCCCCCUUGAGGCUCAGAUUGGAGUCGGGGUUGGGGCGUCCAUUGUUGCCCUCAUUGUCCUCAUCAUCGUGCUCAUUUACAGGAGGAAGAGUAAGCAGGCUGUGAGAGACUACAAGAAGGUCCAGAUCCAACUGGAGAACCUGGAGACCAGCGUGAGAGAUCGAUGCAAGAAAGAGUUCACAGACCUGAUGACAGAGAUGAUGGACAUGUCCAGCGACCUGGUGGGCUCCGGAAUCCCUUUCCUCGACUAUCGGAUGUACGCUGAACGCAUCUUCUUCCCUGGCCACCGCGAGUCUCCGCUGAGGCGAGACCUGGACGUGCAGGAGUGUCGGAGGCAGACGGUGGAGCAGGGCCUGGUGCAACUGUCCAACCUGCUCAACAGCAAACUCUUCCUCACCAAGUUCAUUCACACUCUGGAGAGCCAGCGGACCUUCUCUCCCAGGGACAGGGCGUACGUGGCGUCCCUGCUUACAGUGUCGCUGCACGGAAAACUGGAGUACUUCACCGACAUCCUCAAAACUCUCCUCAACGACCUGGUGGAGCAGUAUGUGGCCAAGAACCCCAAACUGAUGCUGCGACGGACAGAGACAGUGGUGGAGAAGCUGCUGACCAACUGGAUGUCCAUCUGCCUCUAUGCUUUCCUCAGGGACUCAGCGGGAGAGUCUCUCUACAUGCUGUUCAGGGCCAUAAAGCACCAGGUAGAUAAAGGACCGGUGGACGCUGUGACUGGGAAGGCCAAGUACACCCUAAAUGACAACCGCCUGCUGCGAGAGGACGUCGAGUACAAGACCCUGACUCUGAAUGUCCUGGUUCAGGGUGGAGGAGUGAAUGAGAGCCAGCCGUUGCCUUCCAAAGUGCUGGACUGUGACACCAUCACACAGGUGAAGGAGAAGCUGCUGGAUCAGGUGUACAAGGGCACCUCCUUCUCCCACCGACCCCACGCAGACUCACUGGACCUGGAGUGGCGGUCCGGUGUCGCCGGUCAUCUCAUCCUGUCAGACGAGGACUUGACGUCUGUGGUUCAGGGCAACUGGAAACGUCUCAACACCCUGCAGCACUACAAGGUCCCAGAUGGUGCAACAGUGGCGCUGGUCCCUCGCCACACCAAACACAUUCACCACGACAACCACGACUACGUGGCAGGAGAGAAGACUCCGAUGCUGGAGGAUGCAGAUGAAGGAGGAGUGAGGCUGUGGCAUCUAGUGAAAGCCAGCGAGGAGCCAGAGCUGCCAAAACACCGCAGAGGCAGCCUGAGGGAGAGAGAGAGGGCCAAGGCCACCCCUGAGAUCUACCUGACCCGCCUGCUCUCCAUGAAGGGGACACUGCAGAAGUUUGUAGACGAUCUGUUCACAGUGAUCCUCAGCACCAGCCGUCCUGUCCCACUGGCUGUCAAAUACUUCUUUGACCUGCUGGACGACCAGGCCGGACAACACGGCAUCUCCGACCCAGAGACGAUACACAUCUGGAAGACCAACAGUCUCCCUCUGCGUUUCUGGAUCAACAUUGUGAAGAACCCUCAGUUCAUCUUUGACGUGCAGGCGUCAGACCACGUGGACGCCGUGCUCUCCGUCAUCGCCCAGACCUUCAUGGACUCCUGCACCAUCGCUGAGCACAAGCUGGGACGGGACUCUCCCAUCAACAAGCUGCUGUACGCCAGAGACAUCCCCCGCUACAAGCAGAUGGUAGAGAGCUCUCUUCUUUUUAGUGUGAAAUGUGCUUCCAUCAGCAGCGUAUGAGGCCAGUGUGGAAUGUCAGUAA